UCACAAUCCCCUUCCUAGUAUUAUUAUACAUAAUACCUUCAAAACAAACAAGACCAGGAUUCUUUGUUCCUCUUCCUUUUUCCAACCAUUAUUAUUGAUUUCGAGCCAACAAAAAUGGAUGCUGUUAUGUCCAACAAACAAAUCAAACACAAAAAGAUCAUGAACGUUGUGAAGGAGAAGGAUUUGGAAGGACUUAAUAAGCGGCUGAAAGGGAUUAAAGGUGUAGCAAAAACUCUCGAAACCGAUAUCAACAACGGAAUUGAUGAUGAUGAAAAGAAGAUUGCUCAACGACGUAAGAACUUCGGUUCAAACGCAUAUAAAAAGCCACCUCCAGAAGGUUUUUUACGUACCACAUGGCGACCUCUACAAGAAUUUGCCAUUUUGAACAAGUUGAUGAACAUUCUUGCUGCGCUUAUCCUUUUCCUCGCUGCCACUGCUGUCGGAAGCUACGUGCCCUCAGCUCACAAGUCUAAAGAAGUGAUGAUGGAUGGUCAUAAAAUAGAAGUUUUGAGAAGUGCUAGACGAAGGAAGAUUUCGACAUCGGAAAUCGUUGUUGGAGAUGUGGUUUGCUUGAAGAUGGGAGACAAAGUUCCAGCAGACGGCUUGUUCUUAAAAGGGCAGAAUCUGCAAGUAGAGGAUGGUGAGAGUGCAGACGCCGUACAAGUUAACGAGCAAAAUCCAUUUCUGUUCUCUGGAUCUCAAGUGGUUGAUGGUUAUGGAGGAUGCCAGAUGAUGGUCACUACAGUUGGAAUGAAGAAAAAGUGGUGCGAAAUUAUGAGUCAACACAGUCACGAUGGAAAAAGUGAUGAGGAGGAGGAAAUUCCCACAGUAGAAAAUCGAGUGAACCAGCUCAUUCGUUCCAUUCGUAACAAGCUUGCUCUACCAGUUGCUUUGAUAGGUUCCGCAGUCGUGCUCGUCAGAUACUUCACCGGGACCACCAAAGACAUUGAUGGAAAUCAGGAGUUCAUUGAUGGUCACACUACGCAUGGUGACUUUUUCGGUUCUUCAGUGCUGAAAUUUGUAGCAGCUGCUUUUGUCACCGUUGUGGUCGCGAUUCCAGAAAGCUUGCGGUUAUGCGUGCCGCUUACUGUUUUCUACUCCAAGAAGAGAAUGAUGGCUGACAUGGAAAUGGUGAGUGACCUCUCCGGUUGGGAGAAAAUGCCAUUCGUCACCACCAUUUGUACGGACAAAACAGGCACUCUCUCCGUGAACCAGAUGAAAGUCGAAACGUUUUGGGUGGGCAAGUACCGUUUGGUUAAUGAAGCUUACUUUUCGAAUGUUUCUGAUUCUCUUAAAAAUUUGUUGGAAGAGGGAAUCGCUCUGAAUACAAGUGGCAGUGUUAGAAAAAGUACUACUCCAACUGAUAAAGCAAUUCUUUCAUGGGCAGUUCAUGACUUGGAGAUGGAUAUGGGAGUGAAAAGCACGUGUAAAGUUGUUAAUCUGGCCGCUUUCGAUUCGCAGAAGAAAAGAAGUGGGGUUUUGAUGGAAAGGGAGGUAGACAAGACAGUCCACGUUCAUUGGAAAGGAGAAGCAGAGGUGAUUCUAGAAAUGUGUUCAAGCUACUACGAUAUUUCUGGGACCACCAGCGAAGAUCUCGGUGCUGAACAAAAAGCCGCAUUCCAACGAAACAUUCAAGUUAUGAAGGAGAGCAGCCUCCAGUGCAUCGCUUUUGCACACAUUGAAGAUCAAGCGGCUGAUGCUACCACUGGAGAUCAAACGGAUGGAAGUCGUCAAACGCUGAAAGAAGAUGGUCUGGUACUAUUAGCACUGGUGGGUAUCAACGAUCCAAGUCUUCCACAAAUGAAAUCAGUCGUGGAAGAUUGUCAGAAGGCCGGAAUAGAUGUCAAGAUGUUCACCGGCAACGAUGUUUCCAUGGCCAAAGACAUAGCCAGAGGGUGUGGAAUACUAACAGGUACUCCAAACCAGGAGGAGGGAGAAGUAAUAAAAGGUGAGCAGUUUCGAGUCUACUCUCCAAAUGAAAGAAAUGAAAAAGUUGACAAAAUCCGAGUCAUGGAAAACUCAUCUCCUGAUGAUAAACUCCUGAUGGUGAAAACCUUGAAGAAACGAGGUCACAUAGUUGCAGUCUGUGGUAAUGCCACAAAUGGUGAUGCAUGGGCAAUGAUAGAAGCUGAUGUGGGAAUCUCAAUGGGAAUCCGAGAAGGCACUGGCGCCGGUGGCAUCGGAGUUAGCAGCAAGAAGAUCUCCGAUAUUGUAAUCUUGGAUGGUAAUUUUGCAUCGGUGCUUAAAGUUGUGAGAUCGAGUAUUGGGAUUUACAACAACAUACAGAAAUUCAUACAGUUUCAGCUCACUCUCAAUCUUGCUACUCUUGCUGUAUUCAUUAUCUCAGCAAUUGCUGCAGGUGAAAUCCCAUUGAACUCAAGCCACGUCUUGUGGCUGAACUUGAUUAUAAACACACUGGCUGCUCUAGCUCUUGCCACAGAGAAGCCCACUGAAGAACAGAUCAGAAACAGGAGGCCACUUAAUAGGGGUAGGAAAGAGAAAGUGCCACCACUCAUAUCCAUGAUCAUGUGGAGGAAUAUCUUGGGUCAAGUUGUGUAUCAGAUUGCUGUCGUUUUGGUAUUACUCUUCGAGGCCGAUUCGAUUUUUGGUAUAGAAUAUGUCACGGUAAGGAACAGCUUGAUCUUCAAUGCUUUCAUGCUCUGCCAAGUUUUUAAUGAAUUCAAUGCAAGAAAUCUGGAGAAUAUUAAGAGCGUGUUUAAAGGAAUACACAGGGACAUACCGUUUCUACUUGUUAUUGCAGUAACCAUUUGUGUUCAGAUGGUAUUUGUGGAAUUUCUUCUGUACCAUGACAGGGAUUAUUUUGAGAGGUUGGAGUUGAGGGAAUGGAGUAUAUGCUUUGGAUUUGCUGUCAUUUCUUGGCCUAUUGAUUGGAUCGUCAAGUACAUACCUGUUCGGGAGAAAUCGGACGUGGACGAGGCCUGAUUUUUUGGGAACGAAUAAAUUCACUUAAUUAGUCAAAUGAUUGUUUUUGCUCCCUUUGCUUUUUCUGUACUACUUUUUUUUUUUUCCUUGCGUGAUUGAUAUUGAUGUUUGUUUGUUUGGUUUUCGUAUUGUGGAAACAAAUGAUGAA